UGGCGGCGUCAGGGCACAGACGCAGGACGGUUGCGGCGGCACGGAGGUCACGCUGGGUGGGAGGGGCGUUCCGCAGGGAUAGUAAUCGGGCUCAGGGCAUCCACGCAGCACCUGGAGGCCCGAGUCAAGGCCGCCGCCGUCGCAGCUACAAAAGGAGUCGUUGCCGUCCGCCGGAACAAGCCAGUCCGCCAGUGUCUAUUGUUGAGAUGAAGCUGAGGAAGUCCCUGCUGGUGGUGGUGGUGCUGGUGGCGGCGGCGGCGGCGCAGAAUGCCAAACCUGCCUCUUCCGACGAAGGCAAGGCCGCUUCGCCCGGCCAGACCCGGCACGGGGCCACGGGCGGCGGCGGCCAGGAUGUCAACACCAGGUUCUUCUCUCCCGGCCAGCUGGCGUCAGUUGUGAACGCCGGCCAGUCUCUGCUGGGCGGCAUCCUCAACGGAGGCCGCCCCUUAGGCGGGAACCAAGGCUUCGGCGGACACCAGCACGGCUUUGGCGGCAACCAAGGGUUCGGCGGACAUCAUGGCAACCAAGGCUUCGGUGGCUUUGGUAACCAAGGCUUCGGCGGCUUUGGUAACCAAGGCUUCGGCGGUCAUCAAGGUGGUCAUCAUGGCAACCAAGGGUUUGGAGGCUUUGGUAACCAAGGCUUCGGCGGUCAUCAUGGCGGUCACCAUGGUAACCAAGGCUUCGGCAACUUCGGUGGCUUCGGUUUCGGCGGGUCCAAGCCUGGCCAGUGCCCGCCGGUGCGGCCCCAGUGCCCCCCCACCAGGAACUUCUCUCCGCCGUCCCCGUGCCGGCAGGACCGGCAGUGCAGCGGCUCGGACAAGUGCUGCUACGACACCUGCCUCCAGGACCGCGUCUGCAAGCCCGCGCAGGGAGGCUUCGGGGGCACGUUCGGGAGAUAAACUGAACGUGUCGUAACGCUGAGUGUUGUAACUAGGCAUAUUUAUUAAGGCUUUAAACAUAUCCAUGAACAAUGUUGUAUUUUUAUCCAUUUGAGGUAAUUUAUAAUAAAAAUUGAAAAUCUUU